AAGCAUGCUACGCGUUCGUUCUCCGUUCGAAUAUCUGGGAUCGAGUCGCGAAAAGUGGCAGAAUUAGACUCCGCGCUGCGAGAUGGUGUGCGAGAAGUGUGAGAAGAAACUAGGUAAAGUCUGCACGCCGGAUCCCUGGAAAGCUGGAGCAUCCAACACAAACGAAGGAGGUCGGAAAAUCAACGAAAACAAAUUGCUGUCACAGAAAAAGAACAAAUUCAAUCCCUACACUACGACAUUCAACAUCUGUCGGAUCUGUCGCACCAAGGUCCAUCAGAUCGGAUCUCAUUACUGUCAGGGCUGUGCUUACAAGAAAGGGAUCUGUGCCAUGUGCGGCAAGAAGAUUCUUGAAACUAAGAAUUACAGGCAGAGCUCAACGUAG